AGUGAGGGCCGCGGAGCGAGCGGGGCCUGCCCGGCCGGGUGCGUAUCGGCCACCGCGGCUCGGGUGGACGCGGCGGCGGGGAGGCCCACGCCGGCCUGCAGGAGGCCGCUCCCGCGGGGCAUCCAGCGGGGACCCGGCCCUGCGUCCUCACGGAUGGCGGGUCUCAGGAGGGGCCAGAGGGGACCAGCGCUCUCCGAAACCCGCUUCUGUUCCUGUUAUUUGUGGCAGGGUCUUGUGUAGCCCAGGCUGGGCUUAGGGGCGUGAGCCACUACGCCGGGCUUCAAUUAGAAUGUAAAAAUUCUCUUUAUGUUUGAAAUUAUCUGCGUUUCUUGUGCGCAUGCAUGCGCACGUGUGGCGCGGCGCAAGUGGAGAGGUCAGAGGACAACUGUGAAGAAGUCUGUUCUUCCACCAUGUGGGUUUCAGGAACCACUCGGGUCAGGCUUGCCGGUAAGCGCCUUCCGAGCCAUCACGCCGGUCCUGAAAAUACUUAUUUUUACGGUGGUGAAAAAUAAAGUGUUUUAAACGUCUUAAAAACGCAACGACCCUGUGUCAAGAAAUUUAGUGUUGGGAGCUGGAGAGAACACCCAGUUAGAAUAGGCUCCUAAGUGCCUCUAACUAUCUCCAGGAUAUCCGGGACACUCUUGGACUACACAACACACACACAGGAAAACAGUCUAUUUUUUAGAUGCAUCUUUAUAUUGUGUAGAGACAUAUUGUGCAUGAAAAGCCUUUGCCUGUUUGGGAAGCACUAGUAAGUGUUUUGCAGAUGCCUACGUGUGUGUUACCUGUUUAUUUUGUUUUUAGGAGACCAUCUUUCUGUGUAGUCCUGCUUCAGCCUCCUGAGUGCUGGGAUGUCAGCUGUGAGCCACUGAGCUCGGCUGUUGACAUGGGAUUUUUUUUUUUUUAAGUUUUCCGAGAUAGGGUUUCUCUGGGUAGCCCUGGCCAUACUGGAACUCAGUCUGUAGACCAGGCUGACCGAGAUCCACCUGCCUUUGCUUCCCAAGUGCUGGGAUUAAAGGUGUCUGCCACCACUGGCCAGCUAUGGAGGAUGAUUUUUUAAAAUAGUUUUUCAUAUGUUGUGCUCCCAAUUUUUAAGGAAUAUGUAUGUAGACUGCCAGCCAGACUGCCCUUUGCCUGUGAAUGAGGUUGGGGCUUUUUAAAGUGGGAAUUUUUCUUCAUGUUUCCUCAAACGCAGCCAGGAGUAGUGGUGCAUACUUUUGAUCCCUGCACUCUGGUGGACACAGAGGCAGGCCUCAGUGCGAAAAGAAACCACUUACCACCAAAGAUAGACAAAUUCAGAAUUAACACAUGACCUCAUCUCAUCUGCUCACUCUUUGAAACACUAUGUACUUCUGACUGGCUUGGAACUCGCUGUGUAGACCAGGCUGGCCAAGAACUCAAAGCUAUCUACUGGUCUCUACCUCCUGGGGGCUGGGAAUAAAGGUGCGCACCACCACACUCAGCAAAGUAGAGGGUUUUUGUUUGUUUUGGGGGUGGUUCUUCCUCCCCACCCCCAGACAAGGGUGCUCCGUGUAGCCCUGGCUGCCCUGGAUCUCACUCUGUAGCUCAGGAUGGCCUCAAACUCACAGAGAUCAGCCUGCCUCUGCUGGGGUUAGAGGUAACUGCUGUAGCCACCGCCACCUAACUCUUCUUCCUUUCUUUUUUUAAAAUAAGUGAUACAUUAUGAACUGUGGAUACAUCACCAAGAUUAAACUUUUUUUUCUGAGUAAGUAGAUUUUAAGUGGUUUAAUUUUAAAUGUCCUGGUUUUCUACAGUGAUGUGAAUAUAAUGAUCGACCAUCUUUUUGACAGAACUAGUUCAUCUGAUUCAUAUUAUGUAGGAAGCCAAAUGUCUGGAGCUGGCAAGAUGGCUCAGUGUGUAAAGGCACCUGUUGCCAAUCCCAAUGACCUGAGCUCGAUCCCCUGGAAACAGCACCUACCUCUGUGCUAUGGCGCUUCCGCAUGUGUGUUCACUCCAAAUGUCUUUAUGAAGGCGCUUGUGCAUACUAUUUGCUGUGUGAAGGUUGAUUAGCAAGUUUUGGUUGUGAAUAAUAAACUUUUGGUGGCGUUCAGUCCUAAGGCAAACUCUCACUCAUCUUACUUCUCUCACUUGACAAGCCAAGUCCAGCUUGCUAUUUUAAAUAAUUUUAAUGCCAUGUUUGGUUUCCUUUUCUUCUUAUGUUCUGAACAACCUAAAAUAUCCUGUUGAUAUCUUUUCAGUGUUCUCCCUGAUACUAGGAUAUAUAUUAGGAUAUGAGCUACAAGAAACCCUGUCUCCAGAAACCAGAGAAUGCUGUUUAUGGUGCUGGGUGAAGCAUUUUGUGUAUGUACCUAAUGUUUCUAUAAGAGUAUAACUAUCAGUUUUUCAGAUAUCCUUUCCCCUCUUCUGCUUGUGGCUAAGAACUUGAAGCAAGAUGAACUUGCUGGUGAUGGUGUGGACCAAUGAGGAUUCAUAUACACAGAGUUAGCUACUUGAUGCCAGCAGUCCAAAGACACGUACUCUGUCUUUGGUCUUGCCAUGUCCUCAUGGACUUUAUCGGAGUUGGUUUCUUCAUUGCUUAAAAUGAGGUAUUUUUUGCCAUCUCUGGAAAUUUGCCUGUAAUUCAUUUUCCUCACUGCAGUAUUGAGAAUUAUACCAAAUUCUUCUGGAGUAAGCAGAAUCACAGAUGGGAUCAGUGGGAUCUUUUCUGAUCAUUGUUACAGUGUCUGCUCUAUGAGACAGCCAGACUUAAAAUACUUUGACAACAAAGAUGAUGAUUCUGAUCCUGAGACAUCUAAUGAUUUGCCCAAGUUUACAGAUGGAACCAAAGGUAGAAAUAGGAAUCAGAACUACCUGGUUCCCAGCCCUGUGCUUAGGAUUCUAGACCACACCGUCUUUUCCACAGAUAAGUCUGCUGAUGUUGAAAUCUGUGAUGAAGAAUGUGACUCCCCUGAGGCAGUGCACCCGCAAACUCAAGAAGAGAGCCCUAUAGAGGUCCACACCUCAGAGGACGUCCCCAUUGCUGUGGAAGUUCAUGCGAUUUCUGAAGACUAUGAUGUAGAGACAGAGAACAAUUCCUCCGAGAGCCUCCAAGACCAGACUGAUGAAGAACCACCAGCUAAACUCUGUAAAGUACUUGACAAGAGCCAGGCUUUGAAUGUGACUGCCCAGCAGAAGUGGCCUUUGCUGAGAGCCAAUAGCAGUGGCCUCUACAAGUGUGAACUCUGUGAAUUCAACAGUAAGUAUUUUUCUGACCUGAAGCAGCAUAUGAUCCUGAAACACAAGCGCACUGACUCAAAUGUGUGUCGAGUGUGUAAGGAAAGCUUUUCCACCAAUAUGCUUCUCAUUGAGCAUGCCAAACUUCACGAAGAAGACCCCUACAUCUGUAAGUACUGUGACUAUAAGACAGUGAUCUUUGAGAACCUCAGCCAGCACAUUGCGGACACCCACUUCAGCGACCACCUGUACUGGUGUGAGCAGUGUGAUGUGCAGUUCUCCUCAAGCAGUGAGCUCUACCUGCACUUCCAGGAGCACAGCCGCGACGAGCAGUACCUGUGCCAGUUCUGCGAGCACGAGACAGGCGACCCUGAGGACCUGCACAGCCACGUGGUCAACGAGCAUGCGCGAAGACUGAUAGAGCUGAGCGACAAGUGCGGCAGUGGUGGGCACGGGCAGUGCAGCCUUUUAAGCAAGAUCACCUUUGACAAGUGCAAAAACUUCUUUGUGUGUCAAGUAUGUGGAUUUCGGAGCCGACUUCACACAAACGUGAACAGACACGUUGCUAUUGAGCAUACUAAGAUAUUCCCUCAUGUCUGUGAUGACUGUGGGAAGGGCUUUUCCAGCAUGCUGGAAUAUUGCAAGCAUCUGAAUUCACAUCUAUCUGAAGGGAUUUAUUUAUGUCAAUAUUGUGAAUAUUCAACUGGACAAAUUGAAGAUCUUAAAAUUCAUCUUGAUUUCAAGCAUUCAACUGACCUGCCUCAUAAGUGUAGUGACUGCCUGAUGAGGUUUGGGAAUGAAAGGGAAUUAAUCAGUCACCUUCCAGUCCAUGAGACUACCUGACUGUUAUCCUUACAUAAUGUUUAUGUAAAAUAAUAAAUUCUUUUUUCAUGUGAAAA